GACGCGCGCCUCCUGGAAAUCACUAUAAAUGACAGCUGUGGUUUUCAAAGACCGCUUCAUUGAAUAUUUGUCGAGCAUAUUUGGUAAAUAUGUAACUAACGAAAUUUUAAAGUACACAUUUUAUGACGGUUAAACUAGUUUUCCGCGAAGUAGGGAUAAAUGUGUAAUGUACACUACCCAAGAGGAUCUGAAGUCAAGGUUUCUGCCUGAACCCCUCACCCAUUCAGUCCUAAACGUAAUGAACAUUGCUGUGGGUAAAUAUUCAGACCAGGAACUGAGAAACCCCUGGAGUCUGGCCGGCACCGAUGAAAGUACCCCGUGUUCAACAAAAUGUCAGCAGUUCACUUCGGAAUUGCUCAACCCGAUGAUUGAGAAAAACGAGUCUGCGAUUAUAGCUUUUCAAAAGCGCCCCCCUCUGCACGUGCUUCUGGAAUAACCAGAGAACGCGCUCUGCUGCUCUGACACUUGCCAACGCGUUUCCGUACUCGACGGCGAACAUUUUUGUGGGGUAAAAAAAAAAAAUUUCUGGAGCAGGAUUUAUGUUGUAGCCGGAUUUAUGGGUCGCUCAGUGGAGAUUUGACACCGACCCGUGUAGCAGUCGGGUCAGUCUAAUUGAUGCAGCUGUAUGGGAGAUUGCCCUACUCGGUUCCUCGUUGAAGUAAACCAAUUGAACUGUGCGUUCUACUCUUCUCAAGCGAUUACACGAGUUAUUUCUCAGGCAUAAGAGAUUGAGUACCCGCUGUCUACAAAUGUCACGCAUAGUUUACUUUCCAUAAAUUAUUAUUCUAACUGACCUUUUUUGGGAAGCGCUUUUCAUUAUAGAGUUUCAAAGUGCUUUAGGAUAACAAUAAAACAAGUGUAAAAAAAAAAAAUACAAAGAAAAAGCAGAUGUUGCUAUAUUCGGAACUUGUGUAAAAUGUUUUAAACAAAAAAGAAAGAAUAACAUCUGAGCUUGUUUGCUAGAGUAACUGCUCCGAAUCUUAAAAUUUAUUAAAACCACAGGUAGCCAAAUUUCUUCCACUACACCCAGAUUGUUCCUCAUAAAUUGCAUUUUCCCAGGUACGAAGGUUAAUGUAUCCAAAUUUGGACUAAAGACUGGGCCCGACGUUUUGUCUGAACAGGAAUUUCUAAAAUACUCAGGAAUUAAAAAAGGAAUUUAAAAAAGUCGUCGCAUUAAUUCAGCACCAAGGACAGAUAACUUAAGAAAGAAACACAGUCGAAUUUUAUUUUUAAUAUAAAUUUUCUUUAAAUUUCCAUCUUUCUGAAAAAAAAAUUGAAAUGCGUUAAAAAGUCUCUUACUGACCGAUUCUCCAUUUCUACCUUUGUUGACCAUGGAAAUGCAAGUGGAUCACGCGCCCUGCUUUUAUUUGCGAAAUGUAGCCUAUUAAGUUCGGUUGCGGGAACACUUUUGGGGAAAGGGGGCAAUUUGGACUUAAAUGAAGUGGAUUUAGGCUUAAAUCAAGUACAAAUAUAUAAUUUAAAAAACCCAAAUGAGCAAAAAUAAUGAAGAAACAUUCCGAUAUGAAAUUCGUUGUCCACGUGCAAUUAUUUGUUCGCUGAAAAACGUUUAAUUCCAGCUUUUAAACAUAUACGUCUUUACGCAUUCGGGUAACUCCAUUGAGUUAUUUGCCAGAUAAUUUUUAUUUUCAGUUUGUGCAAUCAGAAUGGGUAAUUUAUGUGUAUCCACAGUCUAGCAACGAACAAAUCAGAACAAUCGCUAUUUCGUUUAGAUCGACUGCUAAGCCAUGUCAAUUGUUUUUUUUUUAAACUUCACUUCAAUCUUUCUCAAGAUUGGUGAAAGUAUAUUUUAAUAUUCUAUUUCUUUUAUAUGUGCUACACCUUGUGAAUUCAUUUGCGAUAAAUAUGGGGUUUGUUUAACACCAGAACGUUGUAUUAAAACGUUAAUACAUCCCCACGCGUUGAAAUUCUCACGUUAACAUCGCAGUAAGUUUCCCCACGUGGUCACCGCCCCCGGGUGCAUCAUCAUUGCUCGAACUUGGAACUCUCCGAGGUUUAUUGACUGACUCCUGGCUCGUGCUUCAUUUGCCUGUUAGUGGGACAGCUUUAACCUGAGCGCGCGGGCGUAGCUGUACUCAAACGCAUUCGGAUUUCUUGGAGUUGGUUCGGAGAAGUGCACUGCGCGCGCUGUGUCUCGCUGCACAGCUACUGCGUACAUUGCAAGUUGGACAGGAUAGUUUGAACUUCACAUUGUGCAACAGCCGGGGUCUUUGCUGGAACUGCGUGGCCGUGUCAGAAUUUGGAAGCUUGCAAACGAACACUUUAACUUUGAAAUAGAAACGUAUCCUGCGAAUACACCUAUAUUCUAAGCAAAGCGAACCCGCGCCCGCGGCUGUUCCAAACGUGUAUUUGCAUGAUGGAUCCUACGAGGAGCCGUAAAGGAGAGAACCAGGCACUGCUUGACCGAAGUGCCCCCAGGUCGAUGAUUUUCCGUUGCCUAGUGGCACUUCCGACAAUCGUUUGUUUCAUGUUGUCGAAGCCUCUUUUCUGGGUGAAGACGGGACUGUUUUACCUGUGUUUCGGAACACAAUGGAAAAACUCCUGCAGGAGCGGCUCAACGAGGUGAUGCCCAAACUGCGGACGGCGAGGGACGUGGGCCCAGACUGUACCUGUCCACCAGCUCCUGGCAGCCUGGGUGUGAGGCCCCCCCCCCCCGGAGGAAAGGGGUUACUGGCCGGCCCUCCAUGCGCAAACGGGGUGCCGGGUUCACGGAAUUCGGAACGCUGGAGUUCGGAGAAUUCCGAGGCGCGCUUCGGUCACCGUGAACGUAUCAAACCCGGGGAUCUCCACCAGCUGCUCUGACCGACUCGA